AAUUUCGUUUCAAUUCUGGCGCAACCACUAUUGUGUGAUUUUUUUUUGUCUGUGUCCUUUUUUUGUUUGUUUCAUUGAUCUGGGGCAUUCUUUUGCUUUUAUAUCAAAACACAACUCAAAGAGUAGUACCUAUAUAAAACAUGCAGCUGCUGCUUUCUGAUUUGCUGUGGCUAAUCACAGUGACUUUUGCUGCUCUUGAGAUGGAACCCAGCCAACAAAGCAUUGAAGAAGGAAAACAACAGUAUGAAAUGCUAACACAGAAAGCUCAGAUACCUAAUUUUGGCGAGUGCUGGACGGCGGCACUGGAGGAGCUGCGCCGGGACUGUCGACACUUGGAUGACGUCACCCAGGCGCGGCUGGCGCUGCGGUUCGCCUCCUGCUUCCUGCAGACCUCGGGCCUGCAGCCAAUCAGCUGCCAGGAGAUGGAUGACGUCAGACCGUGCCUGCGGCGGCUGACAGACCGACAGUUUGACAGCUACCGCGAGUUCUUCACCCACACACAGAACAUGUGCUCGUUUCUGCAGGUCCAGGUGUGGAACCGUCAGACGGGUCGUCUCAUCUCCCGGCUGGGCUCGGAGGCGGCCGCCGUGGCCGAGCGCCUGGAGCGCUCCGGUACCGUUCAGGAGGACAUCCUUCGGGCUCAGGAGCGCGCACUGGGCAACCAGCAGCAGCUGAUGGACCAGGGCCACAGGAUGUCCAGGGACGUGGACACGUGGAGGGAGAACAUGCAGCUCAUGGUGCAGGACUUCAGGGAGCAGACGGCCGAGCACCGCGACCUGAUCCUGACGGUGUUUGACCGCCUGACGUCUCUACAACAGCUGGUGCUGGACCGCUUCAGCUGGUUCAACUCGCUGGCGCACUAUGUGGCGGGUGUGCUGCUCGUCUACCUGCUGACGUCCACAGCGAGAACCGCCGGCGCCAGACUGUGGCUGUUUCUGGUGCUGACGACCAACCUGGCUCUGGAGCGGCUACUGGCGGCUUACUUCAUAUCGGCCGAGUCGCCCCUGGAGGCCAGAACAGCUCAGCAGACGGGGGCGCUGCUGGACAGCUCGGUGUGGCUGCUGCGCCGGGCGGCAGUCUCCGUCUGUCUGCUCAUCCUGGCCGGCACCGUGUACCGCUACCGCGACCUCAACGCGGCCAACAACCAGCUGCUGCUGGAGCUGCACCGGCAGCACCGCGAGCUGCGCGCCUACCUCGCCGCUAAGGGGAUGCCGGUCAGCGACGUUACAGAUGGCGCCACCACCACCUCACCGGGUGUCUUCACCGGCCUGCGGAGUGGCGCCACCCCGUGGCCAAGGCGGUCACUAACGGGCCUCCCUGACCUGACCCCGAGACUGGCUGGGUCAGGCUCGGAGAGGACCGCUGACCUGAAGAGGUCGGGGUCGCGGCACGCGGUGUCCGCCGCCGGAGACGUCACGGAUGGAGGAGGUUCGGCGGGGCCGGUGUUACGCGAGCUCUCCCCGCCUGCCGAGGAGGGCGGCUCGGACUCCGUCUCUCUGUCCAGUGACGCGUCCCUCUGCCGGGCCGUGUCGGUGCCGGCCGCCGAGGACCCGCCCCGCAGGCGGCGGCCCAGUCUGGUGGAUGUACUGAGCGGGUCUCUGGAGCUGGGCGCGGCACUGAGGUCGGCAUCGCGGGGUGAUAGUUCGCUGGAGCUGGGAGCGGCCCUGAGGUCGGCCGCCUCCUCCUCACGGGGGAGCAGCUCACCAUCAGAGACACCUCAGCCGUCUCCGGGCCGGUACAACCUCCGCACGCGGCCGAGCCCGGUGGGCGGAGGGUCGCCGGCGCCGCUGCGGUCCCCUGCCAGCCUGUCUCGGGCCGCACAGCGUCUGAGCACGCUGACAGAACAGCAGGAGGUGCUGGUCCGCCGGGCGCUGAGACGGUGAGGGAUGCUCCGACAGGGGUGAAGAGAGUGGAGGGGAGGGAGAGAAUCUGAAGGGUUAGAGAUGAGGGGUACGUGAUGCGGUUAGUUGGGCUGUGUACAGUCUGCUAUGAUUCUGUGAGUGGAGGUAAGAUGCGUGCAAAUUGACAACAAUGCCUUCUGCUUGUAUGUUUGUGGAAGGACAAGUCUCAAAUGCCAAUGGUUUCUUAGACAAUGUGCCUUUUGGAAAGGCCGUUUUGUGCUAUGGCACGAUCAACCAGUCUUCCAAAGUAUGCGAUCUCAGGGUUAUGAUAUAAUUUACGCACGUCUGUGAAGUCAGAUGUUUUGAUAAGGGACCAUUUUGCGUGGCCGAGGUGUGCUUUGUGUAUUCUUAUCGUAGUUCCAGCAAACAUGUGAACAAACAUAACAUUGACGUGUCGAUUGUAUUUACCAUACAGUGCACAGCAUGCAACGUCCUCUUUUUAUAUAUUUAUUUACAUGAUUGUCUCAACCGCUUACAAGCGUACGAUUCACAAUAAUGCUUGAUAAUGUUUAUCCAUGUGUCUUGAUAGUAAUUGUACUUUGACGGGCAUUUUGACCAUGAGCUGUUUUGCCAUUAAUGUUAACAGCUUGUGAGAUUGAAGCUUCCUACCUAAAUGUAUCCAGUGACCAGUCGCUAAUUAGCAUCUCGGUGCUGUUGCAUUAAUAGGCUGGAACGACUAGGCCAGGCAUAAUAUGAACUGCAACUCUGUCACGAAAUUGAAUGACUUGAACAUAAUACACGCAUAUUGUU